UGGUUGGGCCGGCGCGGAAGCGGGGAGUUAAAGAGUCUGUGCCUACCGUGGGAGCUGGCUUGGCACCUGGGAGCGCCCUGGAGUUAGUAUUGAGGCGUCCUUUUUAUACACUCGGUUUUCUCUCUGUGCUAUGGGAGAUGUCAAAGAAUCAAAAAUGCAGAUAACACCGGAAACUCCAGGAAGGAUCCCUGUUUUAAAUCCUUUUGAAAGUCCUAGUGAUUAUUCUAAUCUCCAUGAACAAACUCUUGCCAGUCCUUCUGUUUUUAAAUCAACAAAAUUACCAACUCCAGGGCAAUUUAGAUGGUCUAUUGAUCAACUAGCUGUAAUAAAUCCUGUAGAAAUAGAUCCAGAAGAUAUUCAUCGUCAAGCUUUAUACUUAAGUCAUUCUCGACUAGAUAAAGAUGUGGAAGACAAAAGACAAAAAGCCAUCGAAGAGUUUUUCACUAAAGAUGUCAUCGUACCUUCUCCUUGGACUGAACAUGAAGGGAAACAGCUUUCAGAGUGCCAUUCCAGUAAAUGCAUUAAAAGUGAUUCUCCAGCUGGAAAAAAGUUGAGCAUUUAUUCUGAGAAAUGCAAUGCUGCUUGUCAGACAUUGCUGUCUCUUCCUGUGGAUUUUAAUCUAGAGAAAAUAUUAGGUGACUAUUUUAGAGCUGAUGAAUUUGCAGAUCAGUCUCCUGGAAACCUCAGCUCUUCAUCUCUCAGAAGAAAGCUCUUUUUUGAUGGAAACAGAAGCAUCUCUGAAUCUUUACCUUCAGCUUCUCCCAGAAGUCCUCAUAGCAGUGCUCAGGCCUCAGUUGAAGUUUAUUAUUCAAUAGAUUUAUCUCCUGUACAGUGUAGGAGCCCUGUACAGACACCAGGUUCGGGGCAGUUUUCUUCUAGCCCCAUUAAGGCUAGUGCAAAAAAAUAUAGUGUGGGAAGUAUAACCAGCCCUUCACCUGUUUCUUCACCUGCUUUCUCGCCAGUUGCAUUUCACAUAGGAAAGACCCCACUCUCAGAACAAAGGAAGUUUACUUUUCAUUCUCCUGAUGCUUCAUCUGGAACAAAUUCUAAUGGAAUUACUAAUAAGUUUAUCAGAAGUCCUUAUAUAGAUGGCUGCUCACCGAUUAAAAAUUGGUCUCCCAUGAGACUCGAGAUGUGUAGCAGUGGUACGCAGUACGAGACCUCACUGAUCCACAUACCCUUUACUCUUGAGACUCACGAUGAAGAUACAGAAGAUAAAGAGGACAUUUCUUCCACAGAUAUUUCAUCAGCAGGCAUGGGUGCUGCUGAAAUACACCUACGGCAAUUGAAUCGUGACGCUUCUACACAUGGCACACGUUUAGUUGUGACUGCCAUGUCUAUUACACAAAAUCAGUCCAGUGCUUCUGAGAAAGAAUUAGCACCACUGCGGGAUGUUGAAAGCAAGAAGGAGAACAACACUGUGGAUGUGGUUGAUCCUAUAGAGCUAGGAGAUGAGAGCACUUGGAUCAAGGGGCUGGUUGAAAACAGGAGUUUACCCAUGACUGAUUUUGUGAGCGGACUUUCCUUCAGUAUUGAAAACUCUAACAUGUGCAUGUCACCUCUUGCUGAAAACUGUGUCAUUCCCUGUGAAAGCACUAACAUUCAGGUGGAUAGUGGCUAUGGUAUGCAGAAUUGUGGAAGCAGUAUUACGGAUACUGUUGGGAUAGAAAGUUACUGCAAAGAAAGUGAUGUACAAACUUUAUAAGUGGGAGACUAAAUCUCAAAUUUUUAAUAUAAAGCAAGAACACAACCCAGGUGUUGAUGAAAAGAGCAAGUCCUUCUCAGCAGCAGUCCUUAGAAUACCUCUACCAGAACCAAAGACUGUCCCAGAAGAGCCCCUCCUGUGUUUUUAUGCACAGCAAUAAUGUGAUUUGGAAAGAGAUGGUUUAAGUGACAUGCUUAGCUUUCUUCCCCUCCUUAAUGUGAAAAAUCAAGAGCUUAAUUUAGCCACAAGGAACAGCACAAAAGCUCCUGGAACUUCAAAUUACUGAAUUACAAGUUUAUUUUUCACCAUUUUUACGCUUACCCUGACUGAUGUGUUGUGACCAACCCUAUCGUCCCUAUCCUGUGGGGUCCGUGACCUGUUAACCCUGACUGACAGCACUGAAUUCAGUUCUGAGAACAUGUGACAAUACAUAAAAACUAAAGGCAUAUUGUGCAUUAAAAAACUUGUCAAUGGACAAAUCAUAACCUAUGUGAAAGAAAUGUUUAGAUUCAAAACAAACAUAUUGAAAAGGUAAAAGGAAGUUAAACGGGUUUCCUAAAAUUUUAGUUCUUGAACUAUUUGUUCAUUUCUGUGGAGGAAAUUUAGUACCAGUUAGUGAUAACUGCUCUAGAUACUAUUCUUAAACCUGUUAAUGCUAGACAGGUAGUACUGGCAGCAACAUCACGUGUAUUGUGAUCUGUGGGAUAAUGUGUGGUGCCCAGAAUGAAACGUACCUCCAUCCCUAGAGUAUCAUUCCAGCUCAAACAUGGCUAAGAGGAGGAAUAACCAGGAGAAACAAUGAGGACUGGGGGAUGCUGGAGUUCAUGGAGACCUGGGGGAUACUGGAGUUUGUGUAGAGCUUAGAUAUAAUAGUCGGGGGACAUGUGAGUUCAAUCACUGUGACUAUUUUUGUAAACUUAUAUCUGCGUUGGGAGCAGAUGCAUAUAUAUAUAACAUGCUUGGAAAUUUUCUUGGAGAACGUCUAUGUUUACAAACCAUCUUUUAAACUGUGUCCUUCAAAAGGAAAUAAAGCAUUUGUAGCCCUAGGAAAUAAAGACAUUAUCACGGUGUCAUUUUCUUCCUUACUCUGUAAGGUACUGCUUUCCUUGUAAGACUGGUGAUCUACAAAAGAUGUGCCUUGUGUACCUGGCUCAUCUCUUCACCACCACACUAACCGUGAAAGCCAUUAGGUCCAUGGCUAAAGAUGACUGCGUUGAAAAGUUGAGUCUUCAAUCACAUAGGCUUUAGACUCAAUAUAAAUUUACCUAAAAACAGCCACGGUACGUUAGAAGGAAUACUAGGCUCUAAGGGUUUUUAAAUAGCACGAGUCAAGAAAUAAGUAGUGACUAUAACCUGGAUUCACAGUUCCUCCAUCACUACUUGAUGUGGGAAAACUAAUUUUCUCAUCUGUUAAAAGGAGAAAAUGGUCCUGCCUAGCAGGAGCAGGACUUUUUGAGUUUCAAGUGAAAUACUCCAUAUGAGCUGCUUACAUAAAAACUUACACUAGAAACAAAAUAUUCUAGAUUACCAAAGAGGACUCAGGGAAAUAACAAGGUCUGUGAAAAAUCUUGAACUACUCAGUUUAAGACUAAUGCCUGAAUUAGGCCUUUCUUAUAGCUGAGCCACAAGAAAACAAACUUGGAAAGGGAAUAGACAUAAGGUCAGUCAUAAAAG